GACCUACAUGGUGUUUCACGAAGACUCUGAAGGCAACGGAGAAAACACGGGGUUUUAUAGUGCCCACGUCCUUCUGCUAGCCGAAACCGAGGAAGAGCUCACGAAAAAAAAGGAGUCGAAGAGGAUCGCUUUUCCUAAAGCAAGAUUAGAGGAAAGCUCCGACGAUGAUGUUCCAAGUAAAAAAACGCAACAGAAGAAGGUGUCACAGAGGCAAAAACAGCUGCGAACAACCUCGAAGAAUGCUGUGUAUAGCGAAAUAUUGGAAAAGCAUUUACAUCACGCCCACAAAAGCACCAAGGCAGGGCCUUCUGACCGAAUUCAUCGGGCACAGUCAGUCCCAAAAAGGUUGCGGCAGGAGUCAGUCAGUUCAUCAGAUGAAGACGAUUCUUUAUGCUCAGCGACAGAGCUGCGCCAAGCACAAGCAGAGACUCGUGCCUGGAGAACAAAAGCAAGACAGCUUGAAGAGGACAAGAAAUUUUUGAAAGAGCAGGUUUCCUCACUGCAGCGCUGCUUAGAAAGUAAAAUAUUUCAAGCUGAAAAAAGCAGCGAGUGCGAAUAUUUCAGGCGAAAUGAAGGUAAGUGAUUCUGCAAACACCACAGUUUGUGAGUCCUGCAUAAAUAAAACAGUAUAAAUGGCAGGCUUGGUUCAUGGCAUACACCUUUCAAAUGUGAGCUCAUCUUGUAAA